GCAUGCGUGAGCGUGUUUGAUAGGAGUGAAUGGAGACAAAUGGUUUUUAAUACUUGACGUGCUGUUGGAGUGUGAGCAAAGUAACAUUUAUGAAGGGAUUCAGGGAAACCGGCAGGCCGGACUUGAGUCCUGGAGAUGGGAAGUACAGUGCCUGCACUCUGAAGGAGGGGUGUUAAUGUUGCAGUUUAAAAACUGUAGUGUAAAGCACCCUUCUGGCAAGACAGUGAUGGAGUGAAUGAUGGUGAAAGUUUUUCUUUUUCGGGCCACCCUGCCUUGGUGGGAAUCGGCCGGUGUGAUAAUAAAAAAAAAUAAUAAAAAAAUAACAGCUUCAGUGUCUGACAGUGGGAGCAGUGUACUGGAUAAUCUGCUCAGCAUGCAAGAUUCUUUUCUGAAGCCAACUCAGAAGAUAACAUCUCCCAUUAAAUCCAAGGAUGAAGCCUCUGAAACAACCCCUAAUCUGAAGCCUUGGUCGAAUUCGCUAAAUACGGACUGGAAGGCGCACUCAAAGCUCGUGCUACCUCAGUGGGAGAUAGCUGGUGUGUUAAAAAAUCUAUAUACGUAUAAAUGGGACUAAGAGAUAUUAAAAACAGCUCGGAGCCCUGCGAAUCUUCACAGCCUCUCAGAAUAUUAGUUCGUCAUAGUGUUCAUGGACUCUCCAGAUUUAAAAAUGAAAAGCUACUAUCCAAAGCAUACACGAUAUAUCCCAAACUUGAAAACCAAGCAUAUUUUGGGUGCGAAGUUAACACAUUGUCUGAAAUCACGCAGCAAUGGAUUCAACUUUUAACCCGACCCAACACUACUCUCCUUCAAGGGAGGUGCACCUGCAGAAAUUCAAUCUGCAUGCAGUGUACUCAACAGGAUCUGUCAACACCAAGAACUACACUGUGCCUCCCUGGCUGGCCCUCGACACCCAUGUCCUCACACCGUUCCAUCUCAAGCACUGCAAGAUCCCGGCCACCUUUCCCAUGGAUAACCGUAAGUCCUCACAAAAGGAGAAAAGCGGAAAAUAAAGGAGAAAGCAAGAGUGAAGAGAAAAUUAGAAGACCUUGACAAACCAAAAGAGGAAGAUGAGACAGAAGACUAUAUGGAAGCUAUUAAAAAUACUGGAACAGUAAGGAGGAGAAGAAGAGAGAUGCUGUGAAGAAUGUGGUCAUGAAAAGACAUAGAAGAAUAUGUAGAAGAGAUGUCUUCUGAAGAGUGUGUGGUGUCUCUCUCUAUCAUCUCAUAACUGACACUGACCUGUUUCAACAACUUCAGCCUCUAUCCUUAUUGUCAAUGUUUAUUUAUUAGCCACUCCAGCCCUUCCCUCUUCCCAUCUAUAUUUUUUUCUUUGCCAUGCAAGACUAUGUCUCUAACAGGUUACGUGCUUUCCAUGAAUAUAGAAGAGCGUGGCUAUAAACGUUGAAACAAUGAGAAGAUGUACAUCUUCUGUUUACUGACAGUACAACAAUGUUACAGUGCAGUGCAGCAUUUGAAUUACAGUGGAACCUUGGUUUUCGUAUGCCCUAGUCUGUAUGUAAAACUAUAGUUUUUAAGAACAUAAGAAAGGAGGAACACUGCAGCAGACCUGUUGGCCCAUACUAGGCAGGUCCUUUACAAUUCAUCCCACUAACAAAACAUUUGCCCAACCCAAUUUUCAAUGCUACCCAAGAAAUAAGCUCUGAUGUGCAAGUCCCACUCAAAUCCAACCCCUCCCACUCAUGUACUUAUCCAACCUAAAUUUGAAACUACCCAAAGUCCUAGCCUCAAUCACCCAACUAGGUAGACUGUUCCAUUCUGUAAUAUGGAGACCAGAAUUGAGCUGCAUAAUCUAGGUGAGGCCUU